AGGUGCAGGAGUAGGCCAUUCGGCCCUUCGAGCCUGCACCGCCAUUCAAUAUGAUCAUGGCUGAUCACAGCAUAACUGUUGGCAGAUCAAUUUCCCUCCUGGGAUGAAUAAAGUUCUAUUGUAUCGUAUCGUAAAGAAAUACACUUCCCUAAAACACGUUGUCCUGUCUGAGUUCACGGUGUGAUGGUCUUCCUUUUACAGAUGCCCAGUCACGGUCAGAGCAGGGUUCCUCCACUCUGGACACUGGCCGCCAUCCUUGCUGCACUGGCCGUGGGGACCGCAGCCUGCCCGCCCGACUGCAUCUGCGACAACCUGCACGGCGUGGUGACCUGCAUCAGGAGACGGCUCACCGACAUCCCCAUCACCAUACCACAGGCCACUAAGGAGCUGGACAUCAGAGGCAACAACAUCGACACAAUAGCAACUGGAGCCUUUCUUCCGAUUCCCUACCUCACUCACCUAAACCUACAGAAAUGCAACAUCAACCAUCUUCGUGAAGGUGCCUUCCGUGGCCUAGGCCGGCUGAUCUCUCUCAAUCUGGGGUUCAAUAACGUGGAACUAAUCUACCAGGAGACCUUUGACGGGCUUUACUCUCUGGAGCAACUUAUCCUCAAUAACAACAAAAUCGAGGAGAUCAAACCGGGUGCUUUUAGUCAGCUGGGAUUCCUGAACUUCUUAAACCUGGAGCAGAACUUCCUGGUCUACCUGCCUCCCCUUCUCUUCCAGGGUCUCCAGCAAAUCAAAUACAUGCGCUUGUCCAAGAACAUGAUCAACUACAUGGCAGACGAGGCCUUUGCCGGGCUGUGGACUCUCAAGAGGCUGAACCUUGACAGCAACGAGCUGCAGUAUUUGCCAUCUGAGGCCUUGUCCAGGCUCACCACUGUGGUCAGGUUGGACCUCAGUCGGAAUCCGAUGACCUCGCUUGGCGAGGAGUCGCUCCGGAUGGGCUCGCUGAAGCAUCUGACCAUGGAUGACACGUUCCUCCAGGAUCUGGCGGCCACGGCGUUUGUCCACUGCCCCGUGUUAUCGAUGAUCAACCUCCGCAACAGCCAGCUCCAGGUCAUCGAGCCCCCGGUUGGGUUGGAGGCCCUGAGGAUGAUCAACCUGACCGGCAGCCCCAUCCAGUGCAACUGUUUCAUGAGGCCCUUCAGGGAGUGGAUGAACAACUACACCAGGCCGCGGGCCCAGGUGUUCUGCAGCGACCCCGGGCCGUACCACGGGGAGAGGUUGGAUUCCCUGCGCCUGGUUCACUUGAGGUGCGACCUGCGACCGUCGGACAUCGAGGAGCAGGAGGAGGAGGAAGUCAACCCGGCCAACAGGCCCAACCAAGAUGGCCGCCCGUGCCCAGACCACUGCGACUGCAAACACGAGCUGCGACACUCCAGUUGCGAGGGCAAGAGGCUACGCAAGAUCCCCAAGGGCUUCCCGCCCGAUUCCCACCUUCUGGACAUGCGUUACAAUGAGUUCCACUCAGUCCCCAGGGGCUCCUUCCCAGAUAUGAAGCAACUUGUCUCACUCCAUUUACAGAACUGCGGAAUACACGAUGUCCAUGCUGGGGCCUUCCGUGGGCUGAAGGAGCUAAUUUACUUGUACCUGUCUUUCAACGAGAUGACCAGCCUCCAACCGGAGAUCUUCGAAGGACUUCCCGACCUCACCUACCUCUACCUGGACCACAACAAGCUGUCCUCGAUUCCCAAGGGGACGUUCCGGCUGCUGCCCCACCUCUUUGCCCUUCACCUGGAGCACAAUCCCAUCCCUCAGCUGACCGAGGAGAACAUGGAGGGCGCGGAGAAGCUGCGGUGGCUGCACUUGACCGGCGACAACCUCACCUAUAUCUCCCCCACCGCUCUCCAGCCCAUGGCCCAGCUCCAGAAGCUGUUCUUGGACCACAACAAGCUGACGGCCGUUCCCGCCGCUGCUUUGAUGACGAUGUCCUCUUUGGAAGAACUGAAACUGUCCGGCAAUCCCAUUAGACAGAUCGAUAGCGGGGCCUUCCUGCCAAUGGCUGGGUCUCUCCAACAUUUGUGGCUGAACGACAUGGGUUGGAGAAGGGGGAUCUCGGACGGAGCCUUCGAAGGAGUGAGCGCGGGGCUGCAGAGCCUGUACCUGGGGAAUAACAGGCUGAGCUACAUUCCCAGCCUGGACAACUUCCGCAACCUGCACACCAUUGACCUGUUGCACAACCCCUGGGACUGUGACUGCCCCCUCCUUCACCUCCGCAGGUGGCUCGAAAGCAGCAAUCUGAAGGUCCGAGCCGUUUGCAACCUCCCGAGGAAUGUCACCGGGGUGAGCGUGAAAGCCGCCCCGUUUAAGAACUGCAAAGGCAGCCCGCCCGAGAAGACCCAAGACACCCCGAAGAAAACCAAAGCAGGUCGGACGGGAGUCGCCCGUAAAACUAUCAAGCGGCUGAAACCAAAGCGAUCGUACAACUCAGCGAAGAGAAGCGGGAGGACCCAAGCACAAUAGACCAGCGACUGGCUGACACCCAGGGAGUGGCCCAGCAGAGCAGCUGACUGUUAUUGAAGUGGUUUGUGUUCAUUCUCCCAUCCCUCUGCUUAGCCUGUGCCUCAAUCCCCAGUAGCCUUUACAAGGAGCCUGCGACCUGUAUUAAACAAGACUUGACA